CAGGGUGCAGUCGACACACAGAAGAUAGAAACUCGAAUUAAAGUGGUGAAUCCUGAUGAUCCAGAGCCGUCAAUCAACCUCUAUGUUGAGAACCAGGCUGACCAUGCAAUGCGGCUUGUAACUGAGAUGAUGGUACUAUGUGGUGAAGUUAUUGCUACUUUUGGAUCUCCGAACAACAUUCCUUUGCCUUACAGAGGACAGCCUCAAUCGAAUAUUGACGUAUCUGCAUUUGCCCAUCUUCCUGAGGGGCCUGUUAGGACUGCUGCUAUCACUAAAAUUCUGCGUGCGGCUGAGAUUGACUUCAGGAAGCCUAUACGCCAUGGGAUUUUGGGGCUUCCCGGAUAUGUUCAGUUUACUUCUCCCAUUCGCCGAUAUCUUGAUCUGCUUGCUCAUUAUCAGGUGAGUGUCUUCCUGCAUUUUACUUAA